AUGCAUGCACAGAGAGAAAUGAUAAUGUCGAUUGUGAAACGAACUCUGUCUUUUGCAACUCUGAUUAUUGUUGCACUUUUUGUAAUAGUUGUCAUUCGUACAUUUACACUGCACACCAGGCAGUUAGAUGUGCUAGAAUGCAAAAAAUCAGACUUGGAUUUCAUUGAGAUAGGACAUGGUUCAGGAGCACUGGAUAGGUUUCAACGUGCUCUUAGGUUUCAGACAAUUUCUAGAGAACCUUUUGAUUACAAUCGAAAUGAACUAAAAAGUCUUGUGGAAUAUAUUAUGUCAGCCUACCCAGACUUGCACAGCUCACAUCUUGUCCAGCAUGAGAUUGUUGCAAAUUACAGCCUGUUGUAUACAGUCAAGGGCAGUAACUCUUCUUUGACACCAUACCUGCUGAUGGCUCACCUUGAUGUUGUACCAGCUGACCCAGCCAAGUGGGAAGCUGACCCUUUUGGAGCAAAAAUUAUCAACAACUUCAUCUAUGCUAGAGGGACAAUUGACUUCAAACAUGGUGUCAUGGGGAUCCUGGAAGCUCUCAACUUUUAUGUUGCUCAAGGGAGACAACCUGAGAGAGGAUUUUAUGUAGCUUUUGGACAUGAUGAAGAGGUUGGAGGAUUAGAUGGAGCUAAGUCCAUCAGUGACUUACUGUGGGGACGUGGUGUACGCAGGUUUGAGUUUAUUGUGGAUGAAGGACUUACACUCUUAAACAAAAUCCUGCCUGGUAUGGUUGACCAAGUUGCAAUCAUAGCAACUGCCGAGAAAGGACAAGCAUUUGUAGAGCUGAAGGUAGAAGGGUCACCAGGUCACUCGUCCAUGCCGCCAUCUGAAUCUACCAUUGGAAUUUUAGCAGCAGCAGUACACAGAUUAGAAAGAAAUCCACCUCCAAGCAUGCUGGGAUAUGGUCCAGAGACAGACACUUUUGAGCAUCUUGCUCCUUAUAUGACACUGCCGAUGAGAAUGGUAAUGAGUAACCUGUGGCUUUUUAAACCUGUGGUUUCAUGGGUGAUGUCUCGGAAACCAAGCCUGAAUGCUAUUAUUAGAACAGUUACUGCAGUUACAAUGUUUAAUGCAGGAAUAAAGAUAAACGUGAAUGCCCCAGAAGCUACAGCAUACAUUAACCAUAGAAUACAUCCUGUACAAACUGUGCAAGAGGUUUUAGAUUAUGACAGGAGUAUAAUAAAUGAUGACAGAGUAAAGAUAAGAGUUUUAGAUUCAAUGGAACCCCAUCCUAUAGCUGCAAGUGGAGAAGAAGAUUUUGGUUAUCAAACUAUUAAAAACAGUAUUAGACAAGUUUGGAAUAACACAUAUGUAGCUCCAGGAACUAUGAUAGGUAAUACAGAUACCAGACAUUACCUAAGAAUGACUCAUAAUGUAUAUAGAUUUAGUCCAACAGUCAUGUUUCCUGAUGACCCAAAACGUUUCCAUGGUGACAAUGAAAGAAUUUCAGUGAAAAAUUAUGAACAAGCAGUGAACUUUUACUAUCAUUUGAUGGUGAAUUCCAACACAGGGAGCAUAGAACCAACACAUCACCAUAGUGAAUUAUAGUUGUAGUUUUUAUAUGCCUGAAGGGACGUAUUAUGUUAUGACGCCGCUGUCCGUCUGUCUGUCUGUCCAUCCAUCCUUUAGCAAUUUCUUGUCCUCUCUGUAACUGUUGAACCCCUUGAAGUAUUUCAAAGAAACUUGACACAAAUGUUCAUACAUCAAGACUAUGUACAGACCACAUGUUUUGGAUGGCUCGCUUCAAGGUCACACUUCGGGGACAAGGUCAUAUGUUUUUGUUCCGUGUCCGCUCUGUAACUCUUGAACUGCUUGAAGGAUUUUAAAGAAACUUGGCACAAAUAUUCACUACAUUGAGACGACUUGCAGAGCGCAUGUUUUGUAUGGCUCAUUUCAAGGUCAAGGUCACAAUUAGGGGUCAAAGGUCAUACCUUUGGGCAUAUAUUGCUCCGCAUUGCAGUGCUCUUGUUAACUUAUGUGAAAUGUUUUUAGCUCACCUGUCACAUAGUGACAAGGUGAGCUUUUGUGAUCACGCAGCAUCCGUCGUCCGUUCGUCCGUCUGUAAACUUUUGCUUGUGACCACUCUAGAGGUCACAUUUUUUGUGGGAUCUUUAUGAAAGUUGGUCAGAAUGUUCACCUUGAUGAUAUCUAGGUCAGGUUCGAAACUGGGUCACGUGCCAUCAAAAACUAGGUCAGUAGGUCUAAAAAUAGAAAAACCUUGUGACCUCUCUAGAGGCCAUAUAUUUCACAAGAUCUUCAUGAAAAUUAGUCAGAACGUUCACGUUGAUGAUAUCUAGGUCAAGUUCGAAACUGGGUCACGUGCCUUCAAAAACUAGGUCAGUAGGUCAAAUAAUAGAAAAACCUUGUGACCUCUCUAAAGGCCAUAUUUUUCAUAGGAUCUGUAUGAAAGUUGGUCUGAAUGUUCAUCUUGAUGAUAUCUAGGUCAAGUUCGAAACUGGGUCACGUGCCAUCAAAAACUAGGUCAGUAGGUCUAAAAAUAGAAAAACAUUGUGACCUCUCUAGAGGCCAUAUAUUUCAAAAGAUCUUCAUGAAAAUUGGUCAGAAUGUUCACCUUGAUGAUAUCUAGGUCAAGUUUGAAACUGGGUCACGCGCCGUCAAAAACUAGGUCAGUAGGUCUAAAAAUAGAAAAACCUUGUGACCUCUCUGGAGGCCAUAUAUUUCACAAGAUCUUCAUGAAAAUUAGUCAGAACGUUCACCUUGAUGAUAUCUAGGUCAAGUUCGAAACUGGGUCACAUGCCUUCAAAAACUAGGUCAGUAGGUCAAAUAAUAGAAAAACAUUGUGACCUCUCUAAAGGCCAUAUUUUUCAUAGGAUCUGUAUGAAAGUUGGUCUGAAUGUUCAUCUUGAUGAUAUCUAGGUCAAGUUCGAAACUGGGUCACGUGUGGUCAAAAACUAGGUCAGUAGGUCUAAAAAUAGAAAAACGUUGUGACCUCUCUAGAAGCUAUAUAUUCCAUGAGAUCUUCAUGAAAAUUGGUCAGAAUGUUCACCUUGAUAAUAUCUAGGUCAGUUUCGAAAGUGGGUCACGUUUUUUCAAAAACUAGGUCAGUAGGUCAGAUAAUAGAAAAACCUUGUGACCUCUCUAGAGGCCAUAUUUUUCAUGGGAUCUGUAUGAAAGUUGGUCUGAAUGUUCAUCUUGAUGAUAUCUAGGACAAGUUUGAAAGUGGGUCACGUGCCAUCAAAAACUAGGUCAGUAGGUCUAAAAAUAGAAAAACAUUGUGACCUCUCUAGAGGCCAUAUAUUUCAAAAGAUCUUCAUGAAAAUUGGUCAGAAUGUUCACCUUGAUGAUAUCUAGGUCAAGUUUGAAACUGGGUCACGCGCCGUCAAAAACUAGGUCAGUAGGUCUAAAAAUAGAAAAACCUUGUGACCUCUCUGGAGGCCAUAUAUUUCACAAGAUCUUCAUGAAAAUUAGUCAGAACGUUCACCUUGAUGAUAUCUAGGUCAAGUUCGAAACUGGGUCACAUGCCUUCAAAAACUAGGUCAGUAGGUCAAAUAAUAGAAAAACAUUGUGACCUCUCUAAAGGCCAUAUUUUUCAUAGGAUCUGUAUGAAAGUUGGUCUGAAUGUUCAUCUUGAUGAUAUCUAGGUCAAGUUCGAAACUGGGUCACGUGCGGUCAAAAACUAGGUCAGUAGGUCUAAAAAUAGAAAAACCUUGUGACCUCUCUAGAAGCUAUAUAUUCCAUGAGAUCUUCAUGAAAAUUGGUCAGAAUGUUCACCUUGAUGAUAUCUAGGUCAGUUUCGAAAGUGGGUCACGUUUUUUCAAAAACUAGGUCAGUAGGUCAGAUAAUAGAAAAACCUUGUGACCUCUCUAGAGGCCAUAUUUUUCAUGGGAUCUGUAUGAAAGUUGGUCUGAAUGUUCAUCUUGAUGAUAUCUAGGACAAGUUUGAAAGUGGGUCACGUGCCCUCAAAGACUAGGUCAGUAGGUCAAAUAAUAGAAAAACAUUGUGACCUCUCUAGAGGCCAUAUUUUUCAUGGAAUCUGUAUGAAAGUUGGUCUGAGAAACCUUGUGACCUCUCUAGAGGCCAUACCCUUGAAUGGAUCUUCAUGAAAGUUGGUCAGAAUGUUCACCUUGAUGAUAUCUAGGUCAAGUUUGAAACUGGGUUACGUGCCUUAAAAAACUAGGUCAGUAGGUCAAAUAAUAAAAAAACCUUGUGACCUCUCUAGAGGCCAUACUUUUCAUGGGAUCUGUAUGAAAGUUGGUCUGAAUGUUCAUCUUGAUGAUAUCUAGGUAAUGUUUGAAAGUGGGUCAACUGCGGUCAAAAACUAGGUCAGUAGGUCUAAAAUAAUUAAAAUCUUUUGACCUCUCUAGAGGCCAUAUUUUUCAGUGGAUCUUCAUGAAAGUUGAUCUGAUUGUUCACCUUGAUGAUAUCUUGGUCAUUUUCGAAACUGGGUCACGUGCCUUCAAAAACUAGGCCAGUAGGUAUAAAAAUAGAAAAACCUUGUGACCUCUCUAGAGGCCAUAUUUUUCAUGAGAUCUUCAUGAAAAUUAGUGAGAAUGUUCACCUUGAUGAUAUCUAGGUAAAGUUCAAAACAGGGUCAUGUACCUUCAAAAACUAGGUCAAUAGGUCAAAUAAUAGAAAAACGUUGUGACCUCUCUAGAGACCAUAUUGGAUCUUCAUGAAAAUUGGUCAGAAUUUUUAUCUUGAUAAUAUCUAGGUCAAGUUCAAAACUGGGUCACAUGAGCUCAAAAGCUAGGUCACUAUGUCAAAUAAUAGAAAAAACGAUGUCAUACUCAAAACUGGGUCAUGUGGGAAGAGGUGAGCGAUUCAGGACCAUCAUGGUCCUCUUGUUUAAACUUGUUUUGAAACCUGACUACUGUAAACGCUUUUGUUAAUUGAGCAAAGAAUUUGUUAUGUAGCAUAUAGUUUUUACUUUUUAGCUCACCUGAGCAUUGCUCAGGUGAGUUAUUGUGAUUACUUGAUGUCCGUCUAUCUGUCGUCUGUCGCCUGUCAACAUUUAGCUUGUGUAUGCGAUAGAGGCUGUAUUUUUCAAUUGAUCUUCAUGAAAUUUGGUCAGAGUGAUUGCCUUGAUGAAUUCUAGGUCGAGUUUGAAUAUGGGUCAUCUGGGUUCAAAAACUAGGUCACUAGGUCAAAUCAAAGAAAAACCUUGGGUAUGCGAUAGAGGCUGUAUUUUUCAAUUGAUCUUCAUGAGAUUUGGUCAGAAUAAUUGCCUUGAUAAAUUCUAGGUAGAGUUAGAAUAUGGGUCAUCUCGGGUCAAAAACUAGGUCACUAGGUCAAAUCAAAGAAAAACCUUGUGUAUGCGAUAAAGGCUGUAUUUUUCAAUUGAUUUUCAUGAAAUUAAGUCAGAAUGAUUGCCUUGAGGAAAUCUAGGUCGAGUUUGAAUAUGGGUCAUCUCAGGUCAAAAAGAGGGUCACUAGGUUAAAUCAAAGAAAAACCUUUUGUAUGCAAUAGAGGCUGUAUUUUUCAAUUGAUCUUCAUGGAAUUUGGUCAGAAUGAUUGCCUUGAUGAAAUUAUUAAUAUAGGUUAUCUGAGGUCAAAAAGUAGGUCACUAGGUCAAAUCAAAGAAAAACAUUGUGUAUGCGAUAGAAGCUGUAUUUUUUAAUUGAUCUUCAUGAAAUUUGGUCAGAAUGGUUGCCUUGAUGAAAUUAUUAAUAUGGGUUAUCUGAGGUCAAAAAGUAGGUCACUAGGUCAAAUCAAAGAAAAACUUUGUGUAUGCAGAAGAGGCUUUAUUUUUCAAUUGAUCUUCAUGCAAUUUGGUCAGAAUGAAUGCCUUAAUGAAAUCUAGGUCAAGUUUGAAAAUGGGUCAUCUAGGGUCAAAAAGUAGGUCACUAGGUCAAAUCAAAGAAAAACACUGUGUAUGCGAUAGAAGCUGUAUUUUUCAAUUGAUAUUCAUAAAGUUUGGUCAAAAUGAUUGCCUUGAUGAAAUCUAGGUUGAAUUCGAAUAUGGGUCAUCUGGGUUCAAAAAGUAGGUCACUAGGUCAAAUCAAAGAAAAACUUUGUGUAUGCAAUAGAGGCUGUAUUUUUCACUUGAUCUUCAUGAAAUUUGGUCAGAAUGAUUGCCUUGAUGGAAUCUAGGUUAAUUUUGAAUAUGGGUCAUCUUGGAUCAAAAAGUAGGAUACUAGGUCAUAUCAAAGAAAAUACUUGUUUAAACUCAAGAGACCACAUUUUUGGUCAAAUCCUAAUAAAAAUUGGCCAGAAUAUUUGUUUCCAUAAAAUCACUAGGUCAAACAUGUUUACACUGUUAUGGUGUGUUUGUCAGGUGAGUGACCUAGGGCCAUCUUGGCCCUCUUGUUUUAUAAUGUUUUUGUCAAAAAUUUAUAUCAAAAGAUACAUUUGUGUCAGAAAACAGUGGACUUUCACCUUAGUGCUUCUUUGGUGACCUCAGUUUUCUAUGAAAGAAGUAAAAUUGUUUGCUCAUUACUUUGGUGGUUUCUGAUGCAAUUGACCACCCUGACUGAUUUUUUAAAUGUAUUUAUUUAUUGCUUGAUUUUAUAAGUUUACUCAUAGUAAAAUGCAUAGUGUGCCAGUUAUCUUUGUUAAUGUUGAUAUUGCUAUACAUUCAUUUUCUUUGUAAACUACAGUGUAUUUGAAUAUUGAUAACUUAAGGAUGACUUAGGUUUGCUAUUUAUAUAACUUAGUCAUUUCAUAUACCAUAGUGUAACCAGAUGCUGAAAAGACUGUAUUAUGUUCUUUUCUAAACUGAAUUGCUGUUAGCUUUGUUAGAAUGCUGCCAAUUUAACCCCUUUACACCAAUUAAUUCCUUUCCAUACACACAUAUAUGAACACAACCUCAACUCCAAAAUCUGUACACAUUCCAUAAAAAUAUGUGAUGCCAUAUUUUAUAACACUUCAACUCAUUCCAUGCCAUUGUAUAAACCAGAGCUUAGUCAGUCAGGUCAUUUUAUUUUCAUUUAGGGGCCUCCGUGGCUGAGUGGAUAAGGUCUCUGACUUCAAAUCAUUUGCCCGUCAUCGAUGUGUGUUCAAGCCUCACUCAGGGCGUUGAAUUCUUCAUGUGAGGAAGCCAUCCAGCUGGCUUAUGGUAAGUCAGUGGUUCUACCCAGGUGCCAGCUUGUGAUGAAAUAAUGCAUGGAGGGGCACCUGGUGUCUUCCUCCACCAUCAAAGCUGGGAAGUUGCCAUAUGACCUAUAAUUGUGUCGGUGCGACGUUAAACCCAACAAAAUAAAU